AUGGCAGAAGUCGAUAAAUACUGGCAUGAGACAUACUUCUGCUGGAUUGGCGCGUUUAAGAGAGAAGACGGCUUCUACUUUAAGGUGUAUUCCCCUGUUAUUAUGCUCGAAUUCGAUCACUAUUCUGGGGUGUUUCUAAAUAAUGCGCUUCUACUCCCGUUUUAUAUCCAUACGCUAGUGAGAACGCCCAAUGGUAAUGAUUAUAGCAAGGAGCUCCUGCGAAGGUUAUAUUAUAGCUUAUAUAAUAUUUUAUUAUUAAAAUAUAUAUAUAUGGGUACCUUAAGGGGUAAGGGGGGGUAUAGGAUAUCUAUAAGCUAUAGGGUAUCUAUAAGUAAAAUACCUAUAGGGGAUUAA